CCCCCAGACAUGGAACCAACUGCUGCCAGCACUUCCCUGCUGGAGCCCAGUGGAGACUUCGACCGGAACGUGCCCAGAAUCUGUGGAGUCUGUGGGGACAGAGCCACAGGAGGUUUUGGCUUUGGUGGCUCCAUGAAUUUCAUCUCUCCUGGCUCCUCUGGGAGCUCAGAGCUGCAGCACAAACAGGCAGGAGGGAACUUUGGCUUCAAAGUCCACUUUGCUGAGGAUGCCAAGGGCAACGAGGUCUUGAAGGAUUUUUCAGGCAAGGAGAACAUCUCUAGAGGCUUCCUGAGCUCAGAGGUGGAGGAUGGAGGAGGAUUUGGGGAGAGAAGCAUGAAGAGGAAGGCCAUGUUCACCUGCCCCUUCAACGGGGACUGCAAGAUCACCAAGGACAACCGGAGACACUGCCAGGCCUGUCGGCUCAAACGCUGCGUGGACAUUGGCAUGAUGAAGGAAUUCAUCCUGACGGACGAGGAGGUGCAGAGGAAGCGUGAGCUGAUCCUGAAGCGCAAGGAGGAGGAGGCCCUGAAGGAGAGCCUGAAGCCCAAACUCUCGGAGGAGCAGCAGAAGGUCAUUGACAUCCUCCUUGAGGCUCAUCGCAAAACCUACGACCCAACCUACUCCGACUUCACCAAGUUCAGGCCUCCUGUGAGAAGCCAACCCAGCAACAAGGAGGCAACAAAGUCCUCCUCCAUCCUCACCCAGGACUUGUCCUCAGAGGACUCCACCGACCUCUAUGGCUCUGAGACCUUCAGCACAUUCCCAGACUCUGUGGAGCCUCCGAUGUUUUCCAGCCUGGUCCUCUCCGAGGAGAACGACGAGAGCUCCUCCAUGAACCUGGAGUUCUCCCAACUCUCCAUGCUCCCACACUUGGCUGACCUGGUCAGCUACAGCAUCCAGAAGGUGAUUGGCUUUGCCAAAAUGAUCCCAGGAUUCAGGGACCUGUCAGCAGAGGACCAGAUUGUUCUGCUCAAGUCCAGUGCCAUCGAGGUGAUCAUGCUCCGUUCCAACCAAUCCUUCACCCUCGAGGACAUGACGUGGACCUGUGGCAGCAACGACUUCAAGUACAGGAUCAGCGACGUCACCCAAGCUGGACACAGCAUGGAGCUGCUGGAGCCACUGGUGAAGUUCCAGGUUGGCUUGAAGAAGUUGCACCUCCACGAGGAAGAGCACGUGCUCCUCAUGGCCAUCUGCAUCCUGUCCCCAGACCGUCCAGGCGUGCAGGACACUUCCCUGGUGGAAUCCCUGCAGGAUAAGCUCUCGGAGAUCCUCCAGACCUACAUCCGUUGCCGUCACCCUCUGCCAGGCAGUCGCCUCCUGUAUGCCAAGAUGAUCCAGAAGUUGGCAGACCUGAGGAGCCUCAACGAGGAGCACUCCAAGCAGUAUCGCUGCCUCUCCUUCCAGCCCGAGCACAGUAUGCAGCUCACGCCCCUCGUGCUCGAGGUCUUCGGCAACGAGAUCUCCUGA